GCAACUCGUCUUAUCAGGCAGUGGAGAGAAGUCGGGGAUCGGGUACGCAGGGGAAACCUCCAGGUUUCUACUUGAAUUGAAGACGGAUACCCGGUAAUUUCUGAUUCAACAACCGAACAAAGAGGAUAUUCAAACAUGGUGGUUGUAACAGCAGCAGCAGGAGGGAGCGGAGGAGCCCACAAAGUGCUCCUUAUAUCCGGGAAGCAGAGCGGCUCCUCCGGGGGGUCGCAGCCGGCCUACAGCCGACCCAUCUCCGUCGUUUUACCGUCAGCGGCCAGUCAGGUGUCAUCGGACUCGGACUCCAACUCGUCUGCGGGUCCCCCGGUGCGGAAAAGACAGAGACUCACACACUUGAGUCCGGAAGAGAAAGCACUUCGCAGGAAACUGAAGAACAGAGUCGCAGCACAGACCGCCAGAGACAGGAAAAAGGCCAAAAUGGGAGAGCUGGAACAACAAGUCCUGGAGUUGGAGCUGGAGAAUCAGAAACUUCACAUUGAAAACAGGCUGCUUCGGGAAAAGACGAGCGGCCUGCUCACAGAGAACGAGGAACUGAGACAGAGACUUGGGUUGGACACCCUCGACUCGAAAGAGAAGGUUCAGACGCUGUUGUCCACCGGGAACGACGCAGGUUUGGGGAUCGGGUCUUCUGAGUCCGCAGCACUCAGGCUACGUGUGUCCGCAGCAGGUGCAGGCCCAGCAGUCCCUAAAUCUGAAGACUUCUCAAUGGAUACAGAUAGUUCUGACUGUACAGACAAUGAGUCUGAUUUGCUACUGGGCAUUCUGGACAUCCUUGACCCAGAGCUGUUCCUCAAGUCUUGUGAACAGGAGUGCCAGGAGCCGCAGGUGCUGCUGGUCGGAGGGGGGGACCCAGUACCUCCCGCCACACCUGCAGCUCUGGGGGCCCCAUCAGUUAAGCUGGAGACCCUUAAUGAACUGAUUCACUUCGACCACAUCUACACCAAGCCCGUGGAGGAGGGGAGCGACAACGGGCAGUGCAGCGACCUGGAGAGCGGCACGGACGACGAGAAGAUUGACGAGGCUUCCUACCCGGUGGUCGCCGAGGUGGUGGUGGUGGAGGAGGAGGAGGAGGAGGAGUCGGUGUGCGUCAAAGACGAGCCCGAGGAAGUGGUCAUCCCCGCCUGCGACGGCCACAGUCAGGUGGACGACUUCCUCUCCGGAGCCUCCUCUCCUGCCUUCAGCAGACUGGAUAAGGAAGCCUGCUUAGCGGAAACAUACAGCGACUCCGGAUACGAAGGGUCCCCUUCCCCUUUCAGCGACAUGUCCUCUCCCCUGUGCACUGAGAGCUCCUGGGAAGACAUGUUCGCCAAUGAACUCUUCCCCCAGCUUAUCAGUGUCUGAAUCCAAACCCCCUCUACCUGAUAAGUCAUAAUAUAUAAACAUAGAUACUGUAUAUACACAUGUAAGAGCUAAUUGUGUAGCUUUAAUAACUGCUGAUAAGUUCCUAAAGCGUCAUGGCGCCAGAGCCCCUCUGAACCAGCCUCGUAAACAUGCUAAACUUAAGCACAUAAUCUCACGUUAUUACAGCAGGUCUGUACCACUGGUGGUGUCGCAUCGACUGUGGUAGUUGGAGUUCAUGAAAGCUUAACUUUAACUUUAAAAGAUUGCUUUGAAAAUCUUUUGCGUGCUGUUCAGGAUGAAAUGUGGGUGAAAUCCAGUAUUUCUGUAAAUUUUCACGGGGGAGAGGAUGGAUUGGGGACAGAUCAUUUAAAUAUUCCACUUUAUUUAUUUGUGUAUUCUGCUUCGGAGUCGUAUGUCCGCAUGUAAAAAAUGUUAUCUUCUAAUUUUUUUUGACCGCUCUCCUUGUAGACCAAUCCUGCAUUAAAAAAAAAACAAAUUGUUUGCA